AUGGGGCAGAUUAUGGGAUCUUACAAUGCUCGAAAUGUAGAUCUUCAUAUGGACGACAAGCCAACAUUUAAUCCACAGGAUGGUUUUUCUUACGAUCGCAAAGAACGAGAAAUGUUAGCUAAAGAAGAGGACUUGGUAUCCGCAAGGAUUCCACCCAAAUAUAGAGAUUAUUGUUCGCACUAUUUACUUGAAUAUCAAGUCUGCCGUUACAAGAACAUGCCACUUUUGUACAAAUGUGCUCAUGAAAAACAUGAUUAUUUAAAUUGUGAACACCAAGAUUAUGUGGUUCGUAUGAAGGAAUUUGAACGUGAACGCCGUCUACGACUGAGGGAAAAUCGACUUAUUAAAGUUGCA